GAAGUUGUGGAAUGUAUUUCAAUGACUUAGUUUUUUUAAUGUCUUUUUUUCUCUUUGGUUCAUCAGAUAUUUGCCCAUUGCCAAAUGGAGAAUGGAAAGAGGCUAAUGAGACCUGGGUGAGCAACUGCCAGAAGUGUGUGUGUGACCCGUACAGUCUGGAAAUCCAGUGCCAGCCUGUGGCAUGCCAACAUCAGCCUCCUCUCACCUGUGACCAGGAGGGCCAAAUUAAGGUCGUAGAAACCGUUGACUGUUGUAAAAAGGACAAAUGUGAGUGUGAUGUCACACGAUGCUCUACUUCCAAGAUAACUUGCCCAGUCGGAUUCGAGACAGAGGCAACUAUGGGAGUCUGCUGCCUAACUUAUCAAUGCAUGCCAAAGGAUGUCUGUGUGUUUAACAACACUGAAUAUCAGCCUGGUGCCAAUGUUCCUGGGGACAAGUGUAAGAAUUGUGUGUGUGGUGACAGUGUGGAUGCGCAAACCCAUCUACAUAUCAUUGAGUGUCAUCCUACUGAAUGUGACACUCACUGCCAGCAGGGCUAUGAUCAUCAAGCCGUUCCUGGGCAGUGUUGUGGGAAGUGUGUACAGACAAGCUGUGUKGUUAUGCUGCCAGAUAACACCACACACACUAUUCAGCCUGGUUCCGUCUGGAUACCAUCUGGAGACAAGUGUCUCAAGUAUGAGUGCGUAAAGAUUAUGGACCAACUCAUCCCAAUCGAGGCUAAGACUGUGUGCCCUGACUUCUACCCAGAAGACUGCGUACCCGGAACUGAAGUCAUUGCUCCAGAUGGUUGCUGCCGUGUCUGUAUUCCAAUAACUAAGCCAUGCAACGUGACAAAGAGCAAAGUGUACCUGGACAGCAAUGGCUGCAAGUCUGCAAACAGGUGGAAGUGACAACAUGCGGUGGAUCCUGUGUCACCUAUGCCAUGUAUUCUCUUGAGGCCAACAUGAUGGAGCGCUCUUGUACCUGCUGUCGGGAAGUAUCCACCACCAAGAAGGAAGUGGAGAUGAUCUGCCCAGACGGGUCAAAGUUCAACCACUCCUACAUCCACAUCAAUAAAUGUGGCUGCCAGAGGACAGAGUGCGUGACCCCAGAGGCGACCCAGGUCACAAGGUCACGACGCAGGAGAAGAUGAAUAACUCUUCACUACCAUCCAUUUACUGCUUAGAUUAGUUCUCUAUUUACYUUCAACUUGUUCACUUUCCUGCAAAGUAAUCUGCUAAACGUAAGAGAAAUAGUUUCAGCUUCUUAUUCAGUUUAUUUUAUUUUAGCCAUUCAAAACACAUAAAUAAAGUUGGCAAUAGGCUAUGCAUAUAUAC